GUGCUCGUUGUUCGCUUCAUUCUUUACAUACACUCAUUAGAACUUUCGAGCUGUGCUCAUAUUAUUUAAUCUUUUAAUCUUCUAACACUCAUCAUACCUAUCCAACAUGAAGGCCGCCACUAUCCUUGCCAGCGUUUUCGCCGCCGUUGCCGCCGCAGCUCCCACCACCAUCGCCACUCCCGAGAAGCGAGCCGUGGUGGACCUCGGCGCCUUCAACAACUUUGGCUUUGCCAACCAGGACUUGCAAUACCUGCUUGCCAUCAACCAGUUCGACCUGCAAGCCUUUGCUCAGCUGUCCGCCUUCAACAACCUGAACAUCGGCAACUUCCAAAGCCUCUUCUUGAACGACGCCUUCGACAUCAACUCGCUCCUCCAGCUGCAGCAGAUCGCCCUCCUGUCCCAGCUCGGCAGCCUUGGUAUCUUUGGGAACUUCGACCUCGGCUCCCUCCAGCUGAAUGUCUUCAACCUCGGCCUCAUCGGAGGCAUUGGCCGUUUCGAUAUCACUUCUCUGAUCGACAGCUCCCUUGCUCCUCAAAUCCAGGCUAUCAUCAAGAAGACUGAAAUAAGCGCUGUUGUCAUCUAGGAGCAGAAAUACCGCAAGGCUUCAGUUACUUCACCACUUGCAAUUGCUGUAACUGACCGAGGUUGCAGAGUAUGUAUUUUAUGGGGUUGAGGGAUAUGACAAGGAGAAGGGAGAAAGGAAUGGCAGGGGGUAAUAUCUAUAAAUGAUUUCAUUUCAUGUCAAAUACAGCUGCUCUAAUCAGUUUGGUAACAUCAUUACCAAGGGGCUGCCAUUUAUUGUCUCUUUACAGUUGUAGAGGAUGUUACAUAGAAAGUUAGUUUGAAUAUGAGAGGGUUUCGCUGAGGUUUCUGAAAGGGAUUGUUAUGCAG